CAACUCCUAACUUGUAAUAACCACCUCUCGUUCCUCAUCUUUUAUCACCACAAACCCCCUUCGCCCAUACAUACACAGAGAGAUUAGAGAUAGAUAGAGACCCCCACCAUUAGAGACUAUACCUCUGUUCUCCACGCUUAAUGCUUCGAACCCAUCUGACAUAUGACUCUAAUAAACCUCAGCUCCCUCUCCCCAUGGCUCUCCCGCCUCUCUCACCACCCUUCUCCGCCCCUUCCCAUCUUUCCCACCACCACUUUUUUGUUCAGAAAUAUUCAAUCCACUUCCAUCAACUUCUCAAAGCUCCUCAGAGUAAAAGCCUCAUUGGGGGAGACCCAAAACGGUAGUGGGUUGGCAGAGGACUCUGUUUCCGAGUUGUUAGAUGACGAGUUGCUUAGUGGAGUUUCCGGUGCUAAAGAUGCCCAGGAAGCACUCCAGGUGAUCGCUGAAAUGUCUGACAGAAAUGGUGGUUUAGUGAGUGUAUCUGAUUGUUGUGCUAUUAUAUCGGCCGCCCUUAAGCGGAACAACUCCGACUUGGCUCUCUCUGUUUUCUAUGAAAUGCGUGCGAGUUUUGAUCAAGGUGUUAAUGAAAAUGGCCCUCUUGUUGAGAGGUGGAAAUGGUCCAGACCAGAUGUGCGUGUUUACACAUCGUUGAUUCUGGGUCUAGCUGCAUCACUUAGGGUUUCUGAUGCCCUUAGGAUGAUCAACAAUGUUUGCCGAGUUGGAGUAUCUCCUGCUGAGGAGGUCCCAUUUGGGAAGGUUGUUAGGUGUCCUAGCUGUAUGAUAGCUGUUGCUGUUGCACAGCCACAACAUGGUAUUCAGGUAGCGUCGUGUGCAAAGUGCUGCUACCAGUAUGAACUUAUUUCUGGCAACAUAACUAGUAUUGAGUCGGAAGAAAUCAGCAUGGAUGUUCCGGCUUGGAAAAGGGGACUAAGAUUCCUGAACAUAAUGAAGCAAAGUAUUCCUGCGGCUGUCCACUCCAUUGUGGUACAAACCCCUUCUGGUAUGGCACGUACAAACAGGUUUGCUACUGAAACAGUUGAUCUCCCAGCACAGGAAGGGGAAAGGGUAACGAUUGCUCUAGCUGCUCCAUCAAGUGUAUACAGAGAGGUCGGUCCCUUAAAAUUUAGUCCUAAGGCCCCAAAUUUUUACCCUGGGGAGCCUAUCUACUUGACAAACCAUGAAGAUGACCGGGAGUCAAAACUAUUAAGAGCCCCUAUAAAGGAUGGAGGAUCGUUGCUAACUAACCCCUCCAUCCUUUUUCCAAUUGUUGCGGUUGUGGCCUCUGGAAAUGCCGCCUCCGGAGUUAUAGACCCCACCUUCCCCCAAUUCCUUCCAGUUGCUGCAGUAGCGUCUCUUGCUGUUGGAGUUACUCUGAACAAAUUUGUUGUCCCCCAAUUAAAUCGUCUUCCUCGGAGAAUAGUGGAUACAGUUGCCAUCAAGCAGCAACUUUUAUCGCAAUAUGACACACUCCAAUCUCGUAUAAAGGGCCUAAAAGAAUCUGCUGAAAAAGAGGUCUGGAUGUUGGCUCGGAUGUGCCAACUUGAGAACAAAAUCGUUGCUGUAGGAGAGCCUUCUUAUCGUGCUCGAAGAAGUAAAGUCAAAAGGGUUCGAGAAGGCUUGGAAAAUUCUCUCAGGGGACGGAUUGAACUUAUUGACAGCUAUGCAAGGAUUUCUUCAAUGAUCGAAAUUGAGGUAGAACUGGACUCCGAUGUUCUUGCUGCUGAAGCAGCAAGCAAUGUGGAAAAUAUUGCUGAACAGAUACAGCAAACCAUGGAGCUAGAAAAUCUUGAAGAGAGAUGGAGAAUACAAGUUGAAGCAAAUGAUGAGGCAGAAAGACUUCUUAGUUCCCAACCGAUGCCGACAGAACAGGUUUAGGAUUUUUCUCCAAAAAUGGUAAUGUCAUAUCUCUACUCCAACGUUGUCUCUGGUUGAAUUAACGAUGUACGAUUCUUAACAAGCCCUGCAAUUGUCGAAGGGAAUCAAUAUUAAGCAUGAAUCCGGGAAAGGAGGAUGGUCAGUUCAUGUAAGUGCUGCUUGUUCAUGUCCUGCCGGAGAUCGUCUUCGUGACACUCGGUAAAUUUCGGUGUUUGUUUUACGAAGGCAUUUCGUGUCAAGGGAGAAUUAAUGCUAUUGUUCGUUACAAAUUUCAAAUUAAUCACCACUAUGAAUAAAGGUUCAGACAUUGUUUCAAUUUAAUUGACAUGUUGAAACAUUGAUCGUUGAUCGUUGUUAUUAGUUUUCGUCAACUCUGAAAGCAAUCAUAAAAUUCGAUUCUUCGUAA